AUGACAAGUGGUACUGCAGAGCAAUGGGAAAGGAUUCAACAGUUGGAAAAGGAGCAUGUGAGAGUAUAUAAAGAACUAUUGAUCACGUUGGACAAGUUGUACUUGAUUAGAAAACACAAUCACGCAAUAAUAUUAAGCCCCAGUCAGCAGCGCCUCUUGGAAAUCAGACAUCAAUUAGAGAUUAAUCUUGAAAGGACUGGUCUUCUUAUCAGAAUGUUGGAGAAACCGGACAAUAGCAAUAUAUUAACCAUUAAGCUACAAAAUCUCUUAGACGAAAGCAAUCGUCUGGAUUGCGAGCUCUUGAAAUCUUUAGGCAACCAAUCUUCAUUGCACAAACAGUUGAUUGCAACAAGAGUAGAACGAGACAAGCUGAUGUCAAAACUUAUUGAGAUAUCGUCGAGAUUUCCCAUAACUCCAACACCAGACGAUAAUAAUUCUGGUGGAGACCAAGUUGAAGUAGAAAAGGAAAACGAAACCAUACAAGAGCUGAUGAUCGCUUUACAGAUACAUUCCGGGUAUACUAACAUAAGCUACGCAACAUGA